UGAACCGCAGCAGUGUAGAGGUGGCCAUGAUCCCCGAGGUAGUCGGCCUGGAGUCAGGGGGCUCCCUGCCCUCGGGAGGCAGCCAGAAGCAGUGUAAUGGAGAAGUCACACAGGAUCUCUGAAACCGCCUUGUUCAUAAAUUAGUCCAAGCCAUAUUUCCUACUCCUGACCCUGCGGCACUGAAGGAUCGGCGUAUGGAGAAUCUGGUGGCUUAUGCUCGGAAAGUGGAAGGGGAUAUGUAUGAAUCGGCAAACAGCAGGGCAGAGUACUAUCACUUGCUAGCGGAGAAGAUCUAUAAGAUUCAGAAGGAGUUGGAGGAGAAACGAAGAACCCGGCUGCAGAAGCAAAACAUGAUCCCAAAUGCUCCGGGCAUGCCACAGGCUCCCAUGAAUCAAGGGCCCAACAUGGGACAGCCCCAGCCAGGGAUGUCUGCAAUGCUGGAGGAUUGUUUGGAAAACCUGAAGCUGGAGGAUCCCUGAGGCUACAGAAAUCUGCUGAUCGCCUGGCACGCAGUAGGCUUUGCAAGCUCCCCACCACUGUCCCUCUGUAAUGAGGCUGUGACCCAAAUCACCACCCAGGAUUCUCAGCGUGCUUCACACGGAUAGCGACACUCUUUUGCCUUCGGAGCAACGGGCUGUAGCCCCGUGUUAGUGCCUUUGGGUUGUCUGGAAAAGAAAUCCAUGUAGGUCUGUAACACGGGGCAGCCUUCGGAAUGGACCUGCUCCCCGCUGCCUCACUUCCCCCUGCGACUGGGGCAUCACUUGUUUAGCCGCUCACUACAAAGUCUGUACUGUGCAGGAAUGUUCACUACCAGCUUUUUUCUUUUUUUUUUUCUUUUUACAAUGUCAACACAAUGAGUAGUAACAAAACAAAAGGAGUAGAAUGGGAAAUAGAACUAACUCCAGGGGGCUUACAAUUUGAGUAAAAGAGAAUCGGUGCCAGAGACAUAGAAUCCUUUUGGUUGGAAGAGACCCUUAAGGUCAUUGAGUCCAACUGUUAACCUGACUCUGGCACUAAACCAUGUCCCUAAGAACGUCAACUAUGCAUCUUUUAAACACCUCCAGGGAUGGUGACUCCACCACUUCCCUGGGCAGCCCGUUCCAGGGCAUGACAACCCUUUUGGUGAAGAAAUUUCUCCUAAUAUCCAAUCUAAACCUUCUCUGGCACAACUUGAGGCCAUUUCCUUUUGUCCUAUCACUUGUUACUUGGGAGAAGAGACCAACACCCUCCAUGCUACAAGCUCCUUUCAGGUAGUUGUAGAGACACUUGCUGUUCAGCUGCUCUUGGCAGCAAGCCGGAGCGCACGAUGUUGCUACUGUAAGGAACGUUUGAAGAAGGAAUGUUGUUUUUACCAAACUGGGGGCCUGGUGCCUGACCCCAGCUGGGGGGGAAGGACUGAGAGACAUCAGACUAUGAAUCCUUAAUGUAAAACAAAGUCUCUUUGAACUAAUCCUGGAAUGCAAAUGGAUUACUGUAUUUAAAAAGCUGAGCUAGGGAGAAUGGUAACCAAAGAGCCAGGAAUCCAUAUUUUAAAUAAAUCAAUAAGGGGAGGGGGAUCUUAGAACUAGACGAAUGAGACAGGUAAACUGAGGCAGGUGUCGGGUAGUCUGUAAACCCUGCAGUACCAACCAAUGGGGAACAGGGGAGGGAAUUUUCACCUGGGAUUAGGGUGGUGUAAGCAGGGGCUUUUUGCCCUAUUUUGUGUGCCUGCCUUUAGGUAGAACACCCGAUCUUGCAAAAUUGUUAUUAAAAUAUGUUUUGCUGA